CCCCAAACGAACGAAGCAAAUGGUCUUCCUGCAGCGCACCGCUCCCAACCCUCGCAAGCGCCCCGUUCCCCUCUCUGAUCCCCAGCCCCGAUCUGCUCCCGCCGCCGCUGCCACUGGAACUGAAGAUCACGCUGAAGCUAGCGGAGGGCGUGGGCGAGAGGACGACGGCGACGGCGGCGGCGGCAGCGAUGAAGUGCACGUCGCUACCAUGGUCGCUCUGCUCGCCGACGCCGGAUGCACCCUCAGCGUCCUACACGGUGGCCCCCCAUCCCUCCCUGCCGACCCCCACAGGUUCCGCCGCCGCCUCGAGGGCCGCCUCUCCGCCGACCCCUCCCUCCGCUCCCGUUUCCUUGCGGGAUUCUCUGCCUACAUCCGAACCACCGAAAACUUGAAGAGGGUUUUGAUUCCGGCAUCACAUGAUGGCGUUGCCGAGAAAGGGGAGAGCUUGGCUCGGAUUCUCCUUUUGGUCGCCCCGAUCCAGCCUCGGAUUCAGGAACUGCUUCUCGAGAAGCUUCCUGAGUACUUCCAUGGCUCCGGCAAUGGCGGUUUGCCGCUCAAGGACGAUGUCGCGAGGCUUAUUGUCAACCAGUUUAGGUGGUUGGAUUUCCUCGUCGAUGCUGAGGGGUUUAUUGAGAAGCUGAUGGAGGUCCUCUCCAUAUCGCCUCCCCAGCUGAAGAAGGAGAUUGUUGGCUCUCUACCCGAGAUGAUCGGUGACCAGAGCAAUGACACAGUGGUCGCUUGUCUAGACCGAUUGCUGCAGGAGGAUUCUGAUGUCAUUGUGCCCGUGCUUGAUUCCUUCUCGAACUUGAACUUAGAUGAGCAUUUGCAAGAGCAGGCGGUCAAUACGGCCUUAUCUUGCAUUAGGACAGUUGAAGCAGAACAUGUGCCACAUUUGCUUAGAUUUCUGCUGCUUUCUGCUACACCAGCAAAUGUUAGGAGGAUUAUAUCCCAAAUCCGUGAGCAGUUAAAGUUUGUUGGGGCUAUCAACUCUCAUGCAGCCAGAAACAAGAAGCUUAAAGGCAAAUCACCCAUUGAUAGCACUGAGGCAUCAAUCCUUGAUGCUUUAAGAUUGAGUCUCCUCUUCAAGAAUAUACUCUCAGAGGCUGUUUUAAACGAGUUAAAAUCUAUAGACAAGCCUUGUGAACAUAAGGUCAUUGAUGUUUGGUUCCUCAUGCUUGUUCACAAAAAUGGAGGUUUCUUGCAAAAGAGUGUAGAGAGAAUUCUGAAAAAGAAGAUCUUGGAAGGUUGCUUUCGUGAAGUUCUUUUUGACCAGUGUAUUCAGGGGCACCGGGAACUUGUUAAGGAUUAUUUCCCUUCAUUUCUUUCUGUCGGUGCAUACUUACUGUCAUGCAAAGACCAACGAGCUAACAUGUUCGGCAUCCACUUGUAUGCAUCAUUGUUUGAAGAGUUCAAUGAUACCUAUUCAAGGCAAGAAGUUCUUGGUGCAUUAGUCACACACAUAGGUUCUGGUGUUGGUCAUGAAGUAAGUUCUGCCUUGGAGACCAUGAUGUUGUUCACAUCAAAGUACCCUCAGGAGCUGAUCCCAAUUUCUUCACAUAUAAUUGGUAUAUUGGACUAUCUAGAUGGGUUUCAUGAACAUAAUCUCCACAAGGUAUAUGAGGUUUUCUGUCAGUUGGCAUUAUCUGCUUGCUCAAGUGCCAAUUCAGCUGGUUCUUCCAUUACAAAUGAACUUUUAAUUAUUGUUAGAAAGCAGGUCAGCAAUCCAGAUAUGAGGUACAGGAAAAUGGGAAUCAUUGGAACAUUAAAGAUAGUUUCCACACUUGGUGGUGCCAAUGCUACUACAACUUUCACAUCUAAACAGAAAUCAAAUGUCGAAGAGGCUUUGGAACUUCUCAAAAUGUCUAUCGACUCGUGCAAAUUGGUGACUUUGCCUUUGAUCCUUCUAUAUGAUGAACUGGCAAUUCUAUUGGAGCGCAAUACCUUGCAGCCAGCAAUAACUGAGUGGAUCUGCAGGCAUGUUGGAGAGUUUGAAUUGCUUUUUCUCUCUGAUCUUGAGGGUGGGCAGUUCCCAGUUAAAUACAUGUCUAAUGGCAUAGAAGGAGAAUUGUGGAUGAAUCUAGAUGGUGAUGUAUCUCCUGUAUGCCUUAAUAUUUUGCCACUAGUUUCCUCCUCCUUGGAACAGUUUGAACAGUGUUCUUCCUCUUUACAAUUUCUUCCUUCUCAAUUUUCGUUACUAUCUGCUAUUGAGAGGGCGACAAAUCAGGGAUCUCUUGGUGGAAUUGAUGCACUUCUUGGUUGUCCUUUGCAUCUUCCUUCUUCUAAGUACUUGGUUGGAGCUUAUGGGCGGAAACUCACAGAGAAGCAGAAAAGGAUAUUAUGUUCCUCAAUCUACUAUGCCAUCAAUUGGAUACGAGAGUUGCUUAAUGCCUUUAGCACACAAAUCACUGGCAGAUUUGAUUCAAUUACUCAGGCCACAAGGCAAGGUGCAGUGGCAAAAAUCAUGAAGCGCUUGAGAAACUUGGUUUUAUUGGAGGGAUUACUGAAUUCUUACCUCAAGUUUUAUCCUUUAUUUCUCCCUGAGCUCCAUUAUGCUGCGGGACAUUCUGGAUCCUCUCUUAACAAGUAUGAUAAUUCAAUUUUAAGGGGAAAAUGCGGUGCUUCAAGUACUUCACAUAACAAGAAGCAUAAACAGAAAAAAGACUCAAUGGUUACAGAAAAAGCUGAUGCUAAUGGGAAACUCAGGCAGCCUACUAUCAUGGAUGUAUUAAAAAGAGCAGGCGCAGUUGUAAGUCAGGGAGUUUCAAUAGGAAGUUCUUCAGAUUCAACAUCUUGUGAACAUGAAGCUGUGGGCUCUAAUGAACUUGGGCUUGUUGAUAUAUCCGAAAAGCCCAUACUCUUGGAAUCACAAAGAUGCAAAUUCAGACCUCUUCUUGUGGACUGCCUAUUUAUUUUAAGCUUUUCUGAGAGUCGAGAUUCCUGCUGUUCAGAUCCUUCAGCCGAGCUGCCACUGCAUCUCUACCUUCUCAGGGAUUUUCACAACAAACUGGAUUACCUGAAUCCUCCAAGCAAUCAUAUUAUAAGUCAUAGCUCGGUGAAUGCACUUGCUGGUUACUGCAGAAUGACAGCAAGUGAGCUUUUGAACAGGGUUAGACAAUUGUUUACCAGCCUAAAGAAACAUCUAGAUUCUGCAAUUUCCUUUAUUAAAGAUGGAACGGAAUCUUGCCAAGAUCACUGGCAAUCUUGUUCUUCUUCCGCUGGAAAUCCAGAUAUACCAUAUGUAGUAGUUUUAAAAUCUUCAGUUGCUAGUUCUGUGUUUGGAGAAGUCCUUUCCUGCUAUAACAAGUUGCUUAGACUUCCAGACUUGUUCCUUGACUCAAACAUGCCAAUCUUGAGGGACUUGCUAGCAGCAUUUCAGCCAAUUGAGAAAUUUGAUGAAUUCUUUUCAGGAGUCCAGCCAUUGCCAACCCCUGGGAGCAUAAGUUACUUGUACAGUGGUGCAUACUUAUAUUUCGAGGGCAUCAUUGAUGUUGCAUGCUCAUUCUCCUUCACUCUAGCAUCAGAAGUACUAGCUACCCUCGAGUCAGUUGUGAGCUCAAUUGCUGUUGUGAUUGACAAGUCUCUGGAAGGAAAUGGGAAGACAACAGAUGUGGGAUGUUGUCAGGGAAUCCUUACUGUUCUAAGCAGGAGGCUUGCUUUGUCUGCACAGAAGCUUUUAGUGCAUGAUCCAGGUAGAGAGGACACUGAAAAAGGACAGAAGAAUAAGGGUGACAUGAUACAGAAGAUACUGCAAAUAUACCUCAAAUAUAGUGAAUCCACUUCUGAUCUGCUUGAUGAGCUAGCUUGCACAGUGCUACCUCAGGUCCCUUCAUGCAGAAGUAUGAAUACACAAGAGGCUAUUCAUGGGUUUCCAACUUUAUCUCCAACAAUGUUCCUUACCUGGUACCGUGUACUGCACGAGGAGAAUCUAGUUAUUCUAAACAAGACGGUCAAAGAUGUUAUGGGUAAGUCCAGGAAAGAUAUGCAGGGAGAAGCUGCAGAAAAGGUCUUAAUAAGGCUCCGCCAGACAGUGAAUGUGGUGGUAUCACUAGUUAAUUUGUGCAAGGUUCAUGAUAAGGUAGCUGUCCAUGCUAUGGCUGUCAAGUACGGUGGCAAAUAUGUGGAUCGCUUCCUCAAAGUUUUCGACUUCCUAGAGGACCAGUUCCAGGUGCACAAUGACAUUAUAAUCCAAACAGUCAAAGAGCUUCAGAAGGCAACGAGAACAAUACAAACCCUCUGUUCAGAGGCAAAGGGUUUGAAAAGAACGAUGGUCACAAGCAAGGUUCCUGCGACCAAGAGGUCCAUGGAGCGCUUCUUGUUCCACGUCAAGGCUCUUCUCCACAGCACACCAAGUGACUGCACGUUCUGGAUGGGAAAUCUGAAACACAAGGAUCUUUACGGUCAGGUAGUGAGUUCUCAAGUUUACCACAAUGGAGAAGAUGAAAUGGGCCAAAGAGGACAAAAUCAAAUGGAGGAUGAAGAUGAGGAGAACAACGUCAAUGGAACAGAGGGUCCCAGGGAGGUUGAACAUGUUGAUGGGCAAGGAGACAGUGAGAACUGACCUCUAUUAUGCAUGAUACUAACUUGAAUGUGCUAGUCAAACAUUCAAAUCA